UUUCCCAAAGCUAACAGCAGUAAGCAACCCUAAGCAACAAAAAUGACGUUGUAAAUAGGGGUCAAAUUAUUUUUUCGCCAAAUAUAUGGCAUAUACAUGUUUUACAUAGCUUUAGGGACAAAAUGUCAAAGAAACUUACUCAAGAUAUUACAGACCCACGACCGCGACCCAUUAUCCCUGUGUCAAAUUAAGCAGUGUGUGAAAUCAUUCCUCUGAAGGCUGAUAAAAAAAAAAAAAUGACAAACAAAUCAUUUUGAGAAUACUGCAUGAUAAACCAAUAACCAACAGAAACAGCUAAUCUUUCAGCAAGAAUCAUUACAUCACCUAAGACAGGGGUUCCCAAACUUUUCCAGGGCAAGGCCCCCCAAACAGCAUUAACAUUUGUCCGAGGCCCCCCUUUUGCAAGAUGUCUUUAAAACACAUUAAAAAUACAGAUUUCUGAAUAUAUUCACCUUUUUUAUUAAUAAUUACAUCUUACAUCUUUAUAUUACAUUACAUUACGAAUUGAUUGUGUGUGUGUGUGUGGUUGUCUGAGAGUGAGAAUUUAUUUUUCACACCAAAUUGUUGAGGCCCCCCGGGCGCCCCCUGGCGGACUCCACUUUGAAAACCACUGGCCUAAGAAACACCAUUUAUAUGAAAUUAAUGUGGUUAAGAUAAAACUAUAACUACAAAUAAUAUAUAAACUCUGCAAAAAAAAAAAAAAAAACGUCCUUUCACAUUCAACUGCGUUCUCAGGAUGACUUUAUAAAUGGCUAUUUUACUAUUCUGGACUAUUCUCCCUAUUAUGUCAAACGACUGCCGAAAAGGAAGCAGGUUCUGACACCUCCACAACACUAGAGGGCAGAAGAGCGCCAGAGUGCCGCUGAAGCUGUUUUAUUUUACGCGCAGAUUGAGCUCAGAGUCUUAUUACUGAUUUAUUGCUGUUGUCUCAGGUUGGCUGGGAAUUUGUGUUGAACCUUUAUGCAGUCUUUCAUCAUGAAAACUUCAAAGGAAGCUGUUCAGACCGCCGCAAAGGAGUUUCUUAAUUUCGUUAAUCGUGGAGUUUCACCAUAUCAUGUGGUUGAAGAGUGCAAGUCUCGCCUUUUAAAAGCUGGCUUUACAGAGCUAAAGGAAUCCGAACACUGGGAUAUCAAACCAGCAAACCUGUACUUUGUGACUCGGAACUACUCCACCAUCAUUGCCUUUGCUGUGGGAGGCCUGUACAAACCAGGCAACGGCUUCUCCAUCAUCGGAGCCCACACGGACAGCCCCUGUCUGAGGGUAAAGCCACGCUCCAGGAAGACGAGGUCAGGCUGCCUGCAGGUAGGUGUAGAGUGCUACGGCGGAGGAAUCUGGAACACAUGGUUCGACCGGGAUCUGACUGUUGCCGGCCGUGUCAUGGUCAGGAAUGGAGAUAAGCUGGUGCAUCGUCUCGUGCAUGUCCAGCGGCCCAUCUUGAGGAUUCCCCAUCUGGCCAUUCACUUGCAGAGAGAUGUCAAUGACUCGUUUGGCCCUAACAAGGAGAACCACCUCGUGCCUUUCCUGGCCACUGCCAUUCAAGAGGAGCUAGAGACAGGUGCCUCUGCUUCUUCUUCUAGUGAUGCCUGCAGUGCAGAAUCUACAGCAGAGAAACACCAGCCAGCUCUGGUCCAGCUGCUCUGUGAUGAGCUGAAAGUCAAAUCUGAUAUGCUGCUGGAUUUUGAGCUGUGUUUGGCAGACACACAGCCAGCGGCACUUGGUGGUGUGUACGAAGAGUUUAUUUUCUCUCCUCGUCUGGACAACCUUCACAGUUGCUUUUGUGCUCUGACCGCUCUGAUAGACUCUAGUACUUCUGCCUCUCUCUCGGGAGACCCCAAUAUCCGUAUGGUCACGCUGUAUGACAAUGAAGAGGUAGGCUCAGAGAGUGCUCAGGGCGCCAUGUCAAACCUGACCGAGCUCGUUCUGCGUCGCCUGGCAACCAGCCAAGAAAAUCUGACUGCCUUUCAGGAGGCCUUGCCUAUGUCCUUCAUGAUCAGCGCUGACAUGGCUCAUGCUCUGCACCCAAACUACCAAGAUAAGCACGAAGAGAAUCACAGACCGGCUUUCCAUAAGGGUCCAGUCAUAAAAUUUAACAGCAACCAGAGAUACGCCACCACUGCCGUAACUGCCUCCAUCUUACGAGAGAUUGCAGGGAGGAUGGAUGUGCCUCUUCAGGACGUGAUGGUGCGGAACGACAGUCCCUGUGGAACAACAAUUGGGCCCAUCCUGGCUGCUCGGCUGGGAAUUCCCGUGCUUGACAUCGGCGCUCCGCAGCUGGCCAUGCACUCCAUCAGAGAGAUGUGCUGCACCUCCGGAGUCCUCCAGACCACAACUCUAUUCAAGGGCUUCUUCGAGCACUUCCCCUCCGUGAGAAACAUGGUUGUGGUGGACUAGAGUGUGCUGCUGUGACACAGCAUACAUAGACAGAUGCAUAUCCAAAGGAGGAAAAUCUGAAUAACGAAACCAGAUUAAUGAUGUACUUUUUAAAAUUAUUACCAGUCUUAAAUUUGUUCUACUCCACAGAGUGAAAGCCCAAAGAACAUUAGACCCAUUAUUUCAUGUAUCCUAUAUAAACUCCAAACACAGAAUGGACUCGAAGGAUUUCGACACUGUUUUACUCACUAUCUGUGUAUCUGUUUGGUUGUCUAAAUAUUUGGCUGUUUUCCGUUUUAAGCAGAAUGGACAGUAAAAAAUGUCUGUUCUUUGUCUUUGCAUUA